AUGUGCCAGCUUGCACGGCGCUCGCGCCGCGCCGGCUGGCUCAUCGAGCGCGCACUCCGGCUCCGUCCGGGCCACGCGCGGCGCCGCGCGUGCCUCGCGCCACUCGCCUCGGCUGGCAGCAGCAGAGUGCUGCACCGGCGUGCAGCGGAUGCUGCGGCGCUGCGGCGCCGCCUCCCCGCCCUGUCCACGGAGCAGGCGAGCGGCGGCACGGCCUUCCACCAGCUGCAGGAGGCCGUGUGUCGCUGUGCGACCCAGUUCGCGCCCUCGUCGUGCCAGUGUGCUGUGACGAAAAGGCGCGCCUUAGCGCCGAUGGCCGACAACGCUUCUCUCGCCGACCUGGCCCGAGAGCGGCUUGCACGGCGCGGACCGCCGCCGCCGCCUGCCGCACGCUCCGUGGCGCUCCCUGCGGUGCCCGGCUGGAAGCUGCUCGCAGCGGUCCUUGCAGGCUGGGCUGCACUCGCCUGGACGCAGCGGUCAGCUUGCGGCUGCGGCGCCGAGCACAGCCCAGAACAGGCGCUUGCGGACGCGCUGAGCGGCCUUGGCCAGCUGCUGAGCGGCGCGAAAAGUGCCCGGUCCGUGCAGCAGUCCUUUGGCCAGAGCAUGGAGCGGCUGCAGCAGAGCUGCGACUCGCGGCUCAGCUCGGCUGCGCGGAGGCCACCGCCUGCCUGA